UCGCGCGCUGCUCCUGUGACGGAAACUUUAAUUCAUCUGACAUGAGUAUGUAAGUGACACGGGGAUUAAUCUCACGCGACUCGUCUGCGCUACAUCCAUCCAUCCAUCCAUCCGCGAGGGACGUUCCCUAGCAGCCACGCUCAGCUCUCCUCCAUUUAAGCCUGGCUCUGACACGGUUAUGGUGUGAGUCGACCAGCACCGAACACCGGCUCUCUUUCUUUCACAUGGGCGAAGACGAGGAGCGGUUCUGCGCCCGGACACGCUGCGGAGGGAACGAAGAGAACGGAGAGAGCGGAACGUCUCUGGACCCGGACCGACAGAGGAGAUAUGCGGAGCUGUUCGCGCAGCUGGACUUGAAUAAAGAUGGCAGGGUAGACAUCAGUGAACUGAGGACCGGAUUGGCAGCUCGUGGUUUACACCGGGGAGAGGCAGAGGAGAUAGUCCUCGAGAGCGACGUCAACCAUGAUGGUUUGCUGGACUUCCAGGAGUUCUCUCAGUACCUGCAGGCUCACGAGAAGAGGCUGCGGCUCAUGUUUCACAGCCUUGACCGCAACAAUGAUGGACAAAUUGAUGUGGGGGAGAUCCAACACUCGCUGCAUAAGCUUGGAGUGGAGGUCACCAUGGAGCAGGCCUCCAGAAUACUGCAGAGCAUGGACAGGGAUGGCACUAUGACCAUUGACUGGAACGAAUGGCGCGAUCACUUCCUGUUCAACCCUUUCCACAACAUGGAGGAGAUCGUCCACCACUGGAAACACUCCCAUAUGUUUGACAUUGGGGAACAUCUGACGGUGCCAGACGAAUUCUCAGAGCAGGAGCGGCGGUCAGGUCUGGUGUGGAGGCAGCUGGUUGCUGGAGCCAUGGCGGGGGCAGUGUCCCGGACAGGAACGGCUCCUCUGGACCGUCUCAAAGUCUUCCUGCAGGUACACGGCUCUUCGUCUCGUGGGAUGAAUCUGUGGUCCGGGCUGAGGGGGAUGAUCCAGGAGGGAGGCGUUUUCUCACUCUGGAGGGGAAAUGGCAUCAAUGUCCUGAAGAUCGCCCCCGAAUCUGCCAUUAAGUUUAUGGCCUAUGAACAGAUCAAGUGGGUGAUCCGAGGCAAUAAAGAGGGAGGCAGCUUAAGGGUACAAGAGAGGUUCAUUGCUGGCUCUCUGGCAGGAGCUACUGCCCAGACUAUCAUCUACCCCAUGGAGGUGCUGAAGACUCGUCUUACAUUAAGGAAGACGGGACAAUACUCAGGGAUGGCUGAUUGUGCCAGGCAGAUCCUGAAGACAGAGGGAGUCCGAGCUUUCUACAGGGGCUACCUCCCAAAUACACUGGGCAUCAUCCCCUAUGCGGGCAUCGACUUGGCUGUGUAUGAGACUCUGAAGAACGCCUGGCUCCAGAGGUACUGUGUCGAUUCAGCAGACCCAGGUGUUUUGGUCCUCCUGGGCUGUGGCACCAUCUCCAGCACCUGUGGCCAGCUCGCGUCCUAUCCCCUCGCUCUCAUCCGGACACGCAUGCAGGCACAAGCCAUCACUGAGGGUAAGCCCAAGCUGACGAUGGUGGGCCAGUUCAAAUACAUCAUAUCUCAUGAAGGUGUACCGGGCCUGUAUCGCGGCAUCACCCCCAACUUCCUCAAAGUCGUUCCUGCUGUCAGCAUAUCCUACGUGGUGUACGAGCACAUGAAGAAAGUCCUCGGGGUGGGUUACUAGACCCAGACAAAGAAGAGGGACCAAAAAAAAAAAAAAAAAAAAAAAGGACCGGGAAAGCAAAGACUCACAAUGAGAAGAAGCAGAGGAGGCGUGG